AUUUCGUUCAGAAUUGAGACCCUCCUCAGCUUUGGACAUAGCCAUGUAUUAAGUACGAGUUAAGUAGAUAUCAUCAAGGCAAGUCGAAAGUGAAAAAUGGACAAAUAUGAAUUGUUUUUGUCUUGUAGGAAAGGCGAUGUUCGUCGUUUACGGUACUUAGUUGAGCAAAAAGAUGUUGAUUUAAAUGUGAGAGAUAAAUGGGAUUGUACCCCUCUGUAUUAUGCAUGCUUGUGUGGUCAUUAUGAUACUGUUCUGUAUCUUCUUGAAAAUGGGGCUUGUUGUGAUUCAGAGACAUUUGAUGGUGAACGUUGCCUAUAUGGUGCUUUGACUGAAGAAAUAUAUCAUCUUUUACGAAAUUUUCAAGUUGUUACAUCAAAACUCAUUAAAAGAGAUGAAUUUAGUGAGUUCUUAAGGAGAGCUCUAGAAACUGAUGACUACUGUGACAUGCAUUUUGUGGUGCAGAAAGUACAGCUGUUUGCCCAUCGUUGCAUCUUAGCUGCUCGUUCUGAAUUCUUCAAGAAUGCAUUUGAUGAGGAAUGGAGGAACCUGACAAGCAUACGUUUUACUGAAUAUUUUACAGCUGCUGCAUUGAAAGGUGUUUUACACUACAUGUAUACAGGUGAAGUUGAACUAAAUAUCAGAGAUAAAGACGAUUUUAUCUUUUUGGCAAAUCACAUAGGCUGCAGCUACCUUGGCAAUGAAAUUGAAAAAUUGCUGAAAAAACGAAAAAACUUGCAAGCUAUCUCUGUUGAACCAAAGCAGUAUUCUUCAUUAAGCCAAGAUUUCCAUACAUUAUUUUUGUCUACUCUACCUGAGAAAUUUCUGGUUGUGGAUCAUGUUUGCAAAUCUCAGUAUGUUGAUGUGCAUGUCAGUGUGAAAGGUUACAUAUUCACAUGUCACAAGAUUUUCAUUUGUGGAAGAUGUGAUUAUUUCAAAGCAUUGAUAAGUGAUCAUUUUUCUGAAACAUACAAAGACAAUGUAAAAAGAGUACAAGUUGUUGAACUGCAUGACAUUUCUCCAGAAGUUUUUGUUUCUGUUUUGCAGUAUAUUUAUACUUAUACUGCUGAUCUAUCCCCAAGCAACAUUUUUGAAGUACUUCAUGCUUCUGAUAUGUUUCUUUUACCGGGAUUGAAAAGGUUGUGUGCUGUUACCGUCAAAGAAAAUUUAACAGUUGACAAUGUUGUUGAAGUUACAAAACUAGCGCGUUUAUAUAAUUUACCGCGACUAGAAACACACUGUACAGAAUACAUGGCUAUACAUUUAGAAAAGGUUAUACACGAACCAAAUUUUAUACACCUUGUUCAUAGUGAUGCUCAUGAAAUACAGCAGCGCCAAGAAACUGAUACAAUACCCGUGAUUGAUGAUAUCCGUUACCAUAUUGAGAGCUGCGUGCAUGUAUCUUCUUCUAAAGAAAAGCUUGCUCUAAUAGAUAAACUCCUAGCAGUCUUAGAGUUAGAGGCUUGAUGUAUUUAAAAAAUUUUUAUUAUGUUGAAAUAUACUUUUACAGAAUCAUGCACAUUAAAGUUAUGUUAUAUUGCU